CUGGCCGUUUCGCCUAACGACGCUCCGCUCUGAACUUCGGAUCUAUGGCGACCCCGGCGUACCGCGCAUCAUCCUGCGCCCAAGACCUAACAGCAGCCGAUAAUCCAUACUGAAUCUCACUAUUUCGCCACCCCCCCCCCACACAGACAGAACGAACAUUGGCAGUGCCAUUGAAUCGCCAUCCCCAUUACCCCCCAUACCCAGGGAGUCGGAGGAGUUUGCCAGUCCCAAGCCCUAGCGUAACUAUGUGUCGACCACUCACAUUAGUUGCUUGUCUGUUAGUGGCUGCCUGUCGCGUCAACCAGUUUAGUGUGACCAUGUAACUUUCUCCUCUGUUUAUUUCGCCUGACGACGGGUUUUAUCACCAGCCCGAAAGUUCGCGAGUAUAAUUCGUUUUUUUUCUGACGAGCCUUCCUUCUUCAUCAUAUCAUCUCGGAAUGCACACUACCUUAGCUGUUCAAUAUAUAUAUAUAUGCUUGGGGUUGGGUAUGACUGGCUGGUCACGGCUAAUAGGCCAGAAAUGACCAUUCCAGCCCCCCUUGUCUUUGUCGGCAGUACCAUUCUGCCUAUAUCAUGCGCCGCUCUUCGGCUGCUGGUUGAGCUCGAGAGAGAGAGCCCUGAGGCACAACGGGACGAGUGAGUUCCGGAAGAACGAUCGGUGAGCGCCCCUACACCAUUAUACGUGUAUAUAUAUAUUCUGAAAAUGACAGGUUCUUUGGGACAAGAACUUUAUUAGUAAAUUUUCGAAACUGGUUCCCCAGCUCGUCUUCAGACUACUCGGUUAUGUACUAAAACAGUUAGCUAUUUAGACCGCACCGAACAAGUAAUUCCGUGGUUGGCCGAAGUCUGCGCCACCGCGCGUCAGUGAUAUUUCGUAAUCUCCUCGGCAUUGGCUGCGCUCGCCUCCAUUUGUCCUUGAGAAAUGUGUACCUGGCAUCUAGAUCAAUGUGCCGAUUGAUGCAUGCCUCAUAUGAGUGCAUUGCCUCCAGAAAUUCACGACCUCUCCUUAUUGGGCGGGUGCCAACAAUGCGCGUGUUCUCCCAUGCAAAUUGAUGUCCAGUGUGUCCAUACCCACUUGGGAUCGCCUCAUCUUGCUCUUCCAUCUUGACACCUGGGGUCAGAAUUUUGGCCCGUAUUCAUAUGUAAAGACAUAUAUAAAGACAAGGGAGACUGGAAUGGCCAUUUCUGGCUUAUUAGCCGUCGUCAGCCGGCCAUAACCAAACCCGAAGUGUGGAACACCCGAGCCUCGAACUCGCGACCUGUUGGUUUAGAAGUCAACGCCUCUACUCACCGGGUGGGCGCUCACCGAUCAGGUUACGGGACAUGCUCCUUCCGUUGUGCCUUUGGGUCUCAUACUAGAACCUUCGCAGGCAGUCGCACAGCGACUAGUAGUAGACAUAGAUGAGAUGGAGCCGACAAAGACAAGGGAGACCGGAAUGGCCAUUUCUGGCUUAUUAGCCGUCAUCAGCCAGUCAUACCCGAGUUCGAAUCUCAAGUGAUCCACACUCGGGGUUGGGCAUGACUGGCUGAGACUAGAAUGGUCAUUUCUGGUUUACUAGCCGCCGUGAAUCCAGAUUUUGGACAAAUAAAAUUCCGACCCCAACGACCACGUCUCCUUCUCAUCUGCCUUUUGCAACUGGCCCUUUUGGUGGUAUCGGCACUUAUUCACCAUGCUUUUUCUCUCUCUCUCCAUUUGCAGCCCUCCAUGCGCUGGGCUACGCAGUUGUGGCGCAGUUUUAUUGAUUACAUGAUGUUGCCAAAGCUGCCCAACGUAGCUCAGCUGAACCCUCUGGUUACCCGAAUUCUCGGGCAGAAUGCUGGCCUCUCAACUCUCCAGGUACGUCACCUAUCCAAAACUGUCCUCCAAUUCUAUUUUUUUGACUUACUGCGCACCAACUUCUUGCUACGCCUUUUUUCCUUCCAUUAAGGGCACCAACUCCUACUUGAUUGGUUUUCCAGGGUAUCCGCGUAUUCUGAUUGACACCACCUCUGCGGGCCCGCGCCUGCCCAUCUACCUUAACCUUCUGGAGGCUGAGUUACGCCGCAACCUCUCCUCCAAAUCCCAGCCUCCUAUCGCGGCAGUGCUUCUUACGCAUUGGCACCCCGACCACUCUUCAGCAGUUGAAUCCGUUCAGGUGACCUCCCCCCUUCAGCAAUCCAGCCGACCUCCCCGUCCCAAAUACUUACUUGCCCUAACUUUCUCUCACUAG